AAUCUCGACCUUCUCGGGAACAGCCACGAUCGUGGACUCCAGAGUAGUGUGCGUUCGGCCGAGAAUGCAUGCUGGCCACAGUAUCGCCCUUGUGCCUAGGGGUCUAAACAACUAUGGCGACGGAUUCCUCGACCGUUGGUUUCUCAGCGGAGCUAUCAGCGUGGACCCGGACGUCACCCUGCCUGGUCUCAUUUUAGCUCACGAGCCAGUGACCCUGGCUCCCAGUCUGACGCCUGGAGACCGGGCCUGGGUCAAUUUUUAUUACAACUAAUCAGACCGAAAUGGGUCUUUUUAUAUCCAACCCGAAAGCCCGAUAACAAACAUAAUGUUUGGC